AGCCGCGGAGGCCGCAAGAGGAAGGAAGCGCCUCCCGAGGGGAGAAAGGGGGCAGCAGCGCCCACGUUGAGCUCCAGUGGGUCCCGCCUGGGAUCGGAAAAAGGGAAUCAUGCUGGGACCCAGGACUUGGCUGCGGGGAGCCCUGGCGGCGGUGCGGGGGAUCCCAGGCCAGGUUUCCUCAUCUUUUGCUACUGGGCCCAGACAACAUGAUGGCACGUUCUAUGAGUUCCGUACCUAUACUGUUAAGCCAAGCAAGAUGAAAGAGUUUAUGGAUCUGACUAGCAAAAAUAUCCACCUCCGCACAGCUCAUUCUCCCAUGCUGGGCUAUUGGACUUUGGAGUUUGGAGGACUGAACAAAGCAUUCCACAUUUGGAAGUACGAAAGCUUUGCCCAAAGAUCUGCCGUCCGGACAGCAUUAGCCAAAGACCAAGCCUGGCAAGAAAAAUAUUUGUCUCAGAUGUUGCCCUUGUUAGACAAACAAGACAAUGAGAUUGCUUACCUCGUGCCCUGGUGUGAACUUGGCAGCUCUGAAAAGGAUGGAGUCUAUGAAUUGGUUACCUUCCACAUGAAACCUGGUGGACCAGCAGUGUGGGGACAGUCUUUUAAAACAGCAAUUAAUGCUCACGUCAAGACUGGAUACACUAAGCUGAUUGGUGUUUUUCAUACAGAAUAUGGGAAGCUUAACAGAGUUCAUGCGCUUUGGUGGAAUGAGAGCCCAGAUAGUCGAGCAUCUGGAAGACACUAUGCACAUGAGGAUCCGAGAGUCGUCGCUGCUGUUCGCGAAAGUGUUCAGUUCCUGGAAUCUCAGCAGAACUGUCUCCUGGUGCCUACUGCAUUCUCACCUCUAAAAUAGUAUUUUUGUACACAAAACAAGGAAUUUAUAAAGUACUUUUCUAUUGUA